CACUGCGCCACAUGCUCCACAACAUUUUCUUUUGCCUUUUGCGGCUGAUUUGUCACUGCCCGUUUACUCCGCAAGUAAAACCCUCCACACAUGAUAUUUAAACCCAUUAGCAAGCAACCAUGAGCGCCACUGAUGAGUUCCAGAGCUGGCUCAACGAGCAGCUGCGCAAACUGAACACCGACGAGAACGUUUUCGGCUCGUAUAUCGUUGGAAUUUUGGAGGGCGACGAAACCACAGAUGAAAAAACCGAGGCUCUCGAGGGAAUCCUCAGCGAGACAGGUUCCGCCAACAUUGACGAACUGGUGGCCACCAUACUCCAAAAGUGGCUACAGAGCCAUCCCAGCGCCGAUGAUCCGCCCAAAAAGGGUCUGGAUAUCGAUGUGAAUGCCCAGUUGGCCAAGUUGCUGGAGCAACAGAAGCUGCAACCCGCCGUUAACAAGGAGCGUGAAUACACCGAGGAGGAGCGUCGCAUCAAGCAGCAGAUCCUAGCUCAAUACUCCCAGACUGUCGUUGCCAACGAGGACGACGAGGAUUCCGAGGAGGAGAGCGAGGAUGACAGUGGGACCCUCACCAGGAACACCAACAAAUCGGAUGUCCAGGCGCUUGCCAAGGAGAAGCGGGAGCAGGCCCGAAUGGAUAGUGCGGCCAAAAAGCAAAAGGACAAGGAGGAUCGGGAAAAGCAAAAGCAAUUGCGCGAGGAGAAGAAGGAGAAACGCAAAACCGUCAAAGGCGAACGGCGUCGAUAACCGUCCCCAAGCGAAUAUUUUUUAGACUCUUUCUAUAAACAACAAACAAC